AUGAAGCUGUUCACUCUGCUGCUACUCGCUGUGUGCAUCGGGAUGAGUUGUGUUUGCGCCCAGCCAGCGGGCUAUCCAAGUGCCCGUCCGCCGGCCACCUAUCUGCCCGCCAAGCCUCCAGCUCCCAAGCCACCGCCGCCACCCAGUAAUAGCUAUGGUCCGCCGAAGCCCAAUGGCAAGCCAAAGCCGCCGCCGCCUGCUCCUAAGCCCAGUUAUGGCGCACCACCGCCGCCAAAGAAGCCACCAGCACCGCCAAAGCCCAGUUAUGGUGCACCGCCUGCGCCACCCAAGUCCAGUUAUGGACCACCGCCAGCUGCACCAAACAAUGGAUAUAUACCGCCAGGAAAUGGCAAUGGAGGAGGUGGAGGUGGAGGAGGCGGUGGCGGUGGAGGCGGAGAGGAUAUCCCAAUCAUCAAGCUGGAAUCCAAAGUCAACACUGAUGGCUCCUACAAGUACGAAUACGAGACAGGAAAUGGCAUCAUGGCCGAGGAGAUGGGCUACCUGAAGAAUGCCGGCGUGGAGGGCGAGGAGGCACAGGUGGCCGAGGGCUCCUUCUCCUACACCAGUCCCGAGGGCGAUGCCAUUUCGCUGACCUACAUUGCCGACGAGAAUGGGUUCCAGCCGAUGGGGGAUCAUCUGCCCACGCCGCCACCCAUACCCAUCGAGAUUCAGGAGGCCUUGGACCUGCUGGCUGCCGGUGGCGGCUGCCACGGCUGCGAUGACAACGAGACGGGCGGCGGCAAUGACGGUGGGGGCUAUGUCUAUCGCUGA